GCAGGACGGACGCGCACCGGAGGAGCGGUCUUCUCUUACGGAUUGCGCACAUUUGGUCUCGAGGAUGCGCUGACAUGUGACACCUUUAACGUCGGCAGCUUCAGUUAAAAUCUACCAAGCCUCUCCGCUUCCUCUGCAGCCAUGGGUCCAUUUGCAUCUGCAGGGACCCUCUUGUCCGUCCUCCUCAUUAGCAGGUUGUUAGAGAACACCAUGCUCAAUGCAGAAGUGAAGGAAGGAGAAAUUUUGCCUCCAACCAUUCAGAAGUUGAUGAAAGGAUACAACAAGUACCUGAGGCCUUUUUUUGAGAAUGGUCCUGUUACCGUUGGUAUGAGCUUGGACAUUGCCAGCAUUGAUACCAUUUCAGAGAUCAACAUGGACUACACAGCCACCAUAUUCCUCCGGCAGCGCUGGACAGAUGAGCGUUUGGUUUUUGAAGGCAACAAGAGUCUGAGCCUCGACGGACGGCUCGUGGAGCUCCUCUGGGUCCCCGACACCUUCAUUGUGGACUCCAAGAAGUCUUUUCUUCAUGACAUCACCGUGGAAAAUAGACUGAUCCGCAUCUUCCCAAAUGGAACCGUCCUUUACGCACUGAGGAUUACCACCACUGUGGCCUGUAACAUGGAUCUGACAAAGUACCCGAUGGACAAGCAGACCUGCACACUCCAACUGGAGAGCUGGGGUUACAAUAUCAACGAUGUCAUGUUCUACUGGACCAGAGGGAAUGAGUCUGUCAGCGGCCUCGACACUCUGCAGCUGGCUCAGUACACAGUGGAGGACCACUACACUUCUGUGUCAGAGGCCAUCUAUGAAACUGGUCACUACCCAAAGCUGGUAUUCCACUUUGAACUAAAGAGGAGCAUCCUGUACUUCAUCCUGGAGACAUAUGUCCCUUCAAGUCUGCUGGUGGUCCUUUCAUGGGUGUCCUUCUGGAUAUCCCUAUCCUCUGUUCCAGCCCGGAUUUGUAUAGGAGUGACCACAGUGUUGACCAUGACCACUCUGAUGAUGGGGGCCCGCACUUCACUGCCCAACGCCAACUGCUUCAUCAAAGCUAUCGAUGUGUACUUGGGAAUCUGCUUCAGUUUUAUCUUUGGGGCCCUCAUAGAGUACGCUGUAGCCCACUUCUGCACCCUCACUUACAGUGACACGCACAUGCUCAUGUACGGCCAUCAAAUGCACAGCCUGGAUGAUGACAUGAACGGCAUCGUCACCACCAUCUCCACCCACCGCACCAGCAGACGCAAGGAGCCCGACACAAGUCCUGCCCCUGCUCCCGCCUCCACCGAAUUGGCCGUCAGCCCGUCGAGCCCGACAGGCAGCGAGCCCAAACCUGAGGUGUCGCCCCCAGAACCCACCCACUGGUGCUUCACAGUUUUGGCCACCCUUCGAAAAGUCCUUAGUUUCAUAAGCUGCUGUCAUAUAAAGAACCCACAUCACAUAGACAACUAUUCCAGAGUCACCUUUCCAUUGUCUUUUGUUAUGGUUAACCUUCUUUACUGGACAUAUUAUCUGUACUUUUAGCAUCUAUACCAGUAUUUAUUUGACCUUAAAUAUUUAUGUUUAUGUUUGGCUUUAUGAGAAGGAAAGAGUUAAUGCCUUCAUAGCCUAUACUACUAUUUUAUUAUGUGAGCACAUACUUGAAGUUUGGAUUUGUAGCUGUUUCAGUCUCCUCAGUGCAAACUGGUGAGGUUUCAUAAACUCAGAAAUGCUUCCAAGGGUAUGCAUAUUUAUCACCGUAGCACAAUUAUUGCAAUUAUGUCUCUGCUCAGGUUAGCGGAUAACAUGGAGAAGAUAGUAAUUUAUGACUUGAAGGCCAAAAUGUCCAGCGGCGCUGAGUGAGGACAAAUGAUCGUUUCUCUUUUAGUCUCGCUUGUGAUGGAUUGAUACGGUAUUCAUUUUCUCUCUCUGCCUGGAGGAAAAAGUUUGGAGUGAAAUAGGAACACAUGCCGAGUCAGUGAGUGGAAAAAGAGGAGAAACGGUGGAUGUCAGUGAUGAUGGAAGUGUUUGAAAAACUAUAAAACCUUGUUUUUUUCUGACUUCUUCUAGGACAGCCAAUAGCAUACAAUAUUUUAUAAAAAUCCCUGAUAUUAUUCAUAACAUAAAUCAAGUACAUGAUUUCAUAAUAUUAAUGUUUAAAUGAAAUUAUGGUAUAUAAUUGAGACAAUGGUGAAAGCAUUGAUCAUCUCCUCUGCAUGGAUUGCUAAAUUAAUUGUACCGUCACCUUUUAGCUGCUGUGAAAAUUCCAAGCAGUUCAUUAGCAGAUUUAUGCAUACAAGAUACACAAAUGUAAUAUGUGUUAUACUUCUUACAGAUUCUUCUGAUCUAUGGCGGCUUUUUUUCUUGGACUAUUUCCAUUGGAGUCAUAUUGGUAAUGUACUCACUUGUAAAUGCUAUUUCGUAAGUAACAGUUUUAUGUAUCUCAAAGUGAUCGCUGGUAUUGUUUUUACAGAAACUAUAUUGCUGCUUGACUUCUUUUUAAAUAUUUAAAUUAUUUCAUGUGAUGUAGUUGAGGAAGUUCUUUUUGUAAUGAACAUUUUGGUCAUUUUAUGUUCUGUGUAAAUUGUAUCAACAAUUCAUUUCCAGUAUUACAUUGUUUUUAUUAUUUGCAAGGAUGUUUGCCUCAAACUCCCAAAUUACUAUUUUUGGGGAUUUUGGUUCACAUUACCGGUAAGUCUCUUUCAAACCAAAUAGUCUCUUAAAAGAAAGCAUCUAAGAAAGAAAACAGAUGCAGUGUAGUAAUAUAUUAAUUUGAAGGACAUAUAAAGAAAUGUUUACAGUGAUACAUGAACCAAACAUAGCUGAGUGUUGAAUGAGAACUGACACUUUAAGGGGGAACUGCACUUUUUAUUUUUUAUGUUUGUCCUUAUUCACAAUCCUUGCGUGAGGCAAGAACACACACGCGCUUUUCUGUGAAUUCUACAUAGUGAAAAACUGCUAGUAAGAGGCAGCUAACAAUGCAGGUAAUGCGGAUGUGAUCUAAUCCAUCUAUAAAGCCCUCUAAAACCACCCAACACAGUUUAAUAUGCAUGCUAAGAGCAUGUAUGCAUUAUAAUAGCAAGCACAUUCAUGAUAACAUGUAACAUUUACAGCACUUUGGUUUGCAACUUCUUUCCUGGGCGCAUAGUUAGGAACACUUCCGUUGCUCUGUGAAACCGCAACAUAGAAAGCACUUUGAGUGUUUGCUACCGCUUUGGGAGAGCCAUCCUGCAUUAUCAUGUAGCCCUAUUGUUAAAUAGUUCAAAUAAAAAGUUAAAACAGUGACUUACGAUGUCCGCCCUUACAGGGAGGCGGACUGAUAGGAUGUUGUAUUGUUCAGCACUUUUUCUCUUCUUAUGCUGCUAAAUUCAGAAUAAUCCUCAAAUAUAACUAAUUCCUACACUGCAUAAAGUCAGUGUUCAAAAACAAGAAAAAAAAUACAAAAAUUAGGGGUAUUUUAUUUGAACUAAGCAAAAUUAUCUGCCAAUAGAACAAGAAAAUUUGGCUUGUCAAGACUUUCCAAAACAAGUAAAAUUAGCUUACCUCAAUGAACCCAAAAAUACCUUAAAAUAAGUAUAUUCUCACUAAUAACAACUGUACUACUAUAUGAGUACGUAUUAUCUGUUGUUUCAUUGAAAAUAAAACAACAAAGUCCAUUUGGCUGUCAUCUGUUUUAAUUAUGAGACACAAUUGUGUCAAAGUCAUAAUUUUUUUUUCAGAUUGUAAUAACAAAUUAUUACUUUAAAAAAGCAGUAUUAUACUUGUGAGUGUUGAUGACACAGCUUUGCAACAGUUGAUAUUCUAGUUUCAAGCAUGUUUUACUCAAUAUAGGUCAUAAAAUCUCAGCAACAAGCUGUAAUAUCUUACUGAGAUCAAUUAGGACCAAAACACUUAAAACAAGUAAAACACUCUAACAUAAAAUCUGCUUAGUGAAAAGAAUUAUCUUAUCAGACAGAAAAUAAGCAAAUAUCACCCUUAUUUGAGAUAUUUAAUCUUACUUAGAUUUCAGUUUUUGCAGUGUAGCGAUGUUGCGAUGGUCUUAUGCUGUUUUCCAUUUGUUGGGAGAAAAUAGAGCAUCAAGUUGGUAGCGUGUGGAUUUUCCAAGUUGACCAACUUCUCAGCUUGGUGCCACAACCUUCUUCUAUACAGGUGAUAGAGUCAUGAUUUAUAACCUAGCAUUAACUUUUACUAAGGCAGCAACAGCUCAAGCUCCUCCUUUUUCUUCUUUAUUUCAUGGCGGGUCACUACCAAUGUUAUUAGCAGCUCAAGCUAGCUAGUAGCUGUCUACUCGCUAGUGGUCGGAGGAGCAGUGUGAGCAACGUAAUGUGUCAAUACGGCAGAAAAGUAGUUAGCGCUUUUCAUAAAAAUGUUGCUAUAGCUUGGUUAAUUUGCAGGUCACGGCAUGUAACUGAAACGUUGUUGGCCGUUUUUGGAGCGGAGUAGAUGAAUCCCAUUACCUACAUUGUUGGCAGCCUCGUACAAGCAUUUUUUCAGUUUUUUAAAUGCACGAAAAGAAAAAGACGUGUCUUGUCCCACAUAAGGAUUGUGGAUGAUGGCCAAGAUCCCCCCAAAAAAAUCAGUUUUCCUUGAACGGGAUGUAGUCUGUUUGCUAUCUUCCAGUGAAGCAGCAUCACUGGCAACUAAUGAUGUGUACCAAAGAUUAGAAGAGUUGUGCAUUUUCCUAUGAUCGCAUGUUGUCAAUGAACAUUUCAUAUAUCAGACAACAGGACGAAGCUGCUUGUUGAUUUAUUGUUGCCUCAUUCAGUCUUUUUUAACAUUUACUCACAGUGAAAUUACUGAGGUGAUUACUGAGAACAUAAUUCAUUGCCUUUUGUAAUUAUCUCAUCUGCGUCGUUUCACUGUUUUCAAACUACUUUUGUAUUGAUGGCGUCAAAACUGACAAACUAUUUCCUUGAUGGCUUCUUCCUGCAUGCUUCUCGAUGUAUAACUUUUGUUUGUGGUUUGUUUGGGUUUUACUGCGAAGGAAAAUAACUAACCCGAUGCUUUGAUUGUCAAUGAUGCCUCUCCUUAGACCAAAAGGUCGGGCUCUUCAAGGUUCUGUUGUAACGUAUCAGACCGACGUGUCCUAUAGAAGCACUGACAGAUUGAAGAUUUUACAUAAACGAUUUGAUAGAUAAUCUUCCAGUUAAGUAAAGGUUGUAAAAAUAAUUAAUGUUGUAAAAAACAUGCAAAAUAAACCUGGCUUCUAAAGGCAAAACUUUGAAAAGUGCAUGAUGAAAAGUCACGGACAAAUGAUUCUUCCGACCAUGUCUUUAUAGUUUUGACUUUCAUCAAAAUUGCUAGAAAAAAGAAAAAAUCAUCAAAUGUGGACAAUAGAUAAUGUUGGACAUUUUUUUCAGAGAUGGACUGAACCAUUUUCCCUAUCAUGUUGUAUACGUAUGAAAAAAUACCUCAUGUUAUGUUGGCGACCACCUGGGACGUCUUCAUGUGUUGGCAACCACCUGGGACGUCUUCAUGUGACUUGUAUUAAUAUUGUAGCACAAUAAUGAUUUAGAUAUUGUUCUGCUCAACCUGUACUUGUAAAUACAUCCUGCUGAUAUGCAUGUUGAUUGUAAAUAAAU